AUGACGCCAUCACCUUCAGAAGCCGUAGCAAAGGUUGCGCAAGCCGCAGCUGGCACCAACUCGUCCGCAAAGGUGUACAAGAGGGAGUCAAACACAGCCAGGGUGUUGGGCGCAGGAUGUGCGGGAAUUGCAGAACUCAUGGUUUUCCACCCGGUAGACACCACAGCGAAGCGAUUGAUGAGCAACAUUGGCAAGAUCGAAAACGCAGCGCAUCUUAACAAAGUCGUCUUCAGGGACGCGGCCGGUGCCUCAGUCUCUGGACGAUUCCUUUCUCUCUUCCCCGGUCUCGGAUACGCUGCAGCAUACAAGGUACUUCAACGAGUGUACAAGUUCGGCGGACAGCCUUUUGUACGGGACUACCUCGCGCACAACCACGGUGACAGCUUCGAUCGCACAUUUGGCAAGGGUAACGGCAAGGCUAUCAUGCACGCGACUGCAGGUUCCAUUAUCGGCAUCGGUGAGAUUGUUCUUCUGCCGUUGGAUGUCCUGAAGAUCAAGCGCCAGACAAACCCUGAGGCUUUCCGAGGCCGUGGGCUAUUCAAGAUUGUCUCGGACGAAGGAUUUGGACUAUACCGUGGUUGGGGAUGGACUGCAGCACGUAACGCGCCAGGCUCAUUUGCGCUCUUUGGUGGUUCCGCGGUCGCCAAGGAGUAUCUCUACAAACUCUCCGACUACAACUCGGCAUCGUGGUCGCAAAACUUCGUCGCCUCGAUCGCUGGAGCAAGCGCAUCGCUCGUGGUCUCUGCUCCUCUCGAUGUCAUCAAGACCCGUAUCCAGAACAGGAACUUUGAGAACCCUGAGAGUGGCUUUAGGAUUGUGUCCAACAUGAUGAAGCACGAGGGAUUCACUUCCUUCUUCAAGGGACUGACACCCAAGCUGCUCAUGACCGGACCCAAGCUCGUCUUCUCCUUCUGGUUGGCUCAAACGCUGAUCCCUGCUUUCGGCAAGAUAAUAGUACUUUUUAAACCGACUGCAGCCCUGUUGCUGUCGUCCCCGCCAUCAACGGCACCCGCUGACGGUUCGCUGCACAACAGAUACGACUACCUCUUCAAGCUCCUCCUCAUCGGUGACUCUGGUGUCGGAAAGUCCUGCCUGCUGCUCCGUUUUGCAGACGACACAUACACCGAGAGCUACAUCUCGACCAUCGGUGUUGACUUUAAAAUCCGAACGAUCGAGCUCGAUGGCAAGACCGUGAAGCUACAGAUCUGGGAUACCGCCGGCCAAGAGCGUUUCCGAACCAUCACAUCGUCGUACUACCGCGGCGCCCACGGCAUCUGCGUCGUUUACGAUGUCACCGACAUGGACUCAUUCAACAACGUAAAGCAGUGGCUGCAGGAGAUUGACCGAUACGCAACCGAGGGUGUCAACAAGCUCUUGGUGGGCAACAAGUCCGAUAUGGCGGACAAGAAGGUCGUCGAGUACACUGUCGCAAAGGAAUUUGCAGACAGUCUCGGCAUCCCCUUCCUCGAGACCUCCGCAAAGAGCGCUACCAACGUCGAGCAAGCUUUCCUUACUAUGGCCCGCCAGAUCAAGGAGCGCAUGGGUACCACAACCGCCAACACCAAGCCCACAGUCCCUAUCGGCCAGGGCCAAGGUGUGCAAAACGGAUCCGGCGGUGGUUGCUGCUAG